CUUGGUACGUGUUGUUUGGGGGUGGUGACAGUUAUCUAAAGGUCCCUAAAUUCAAGUGUCGGACGUUGAUACAAUGAUACUAAGUGUACAGUGGUAGUUGUUGUUAGGGAUUUAAAGGCAACAGUAAACUGAGGUUUGGAAACCUGGUGGAUUUGUGCUAUUUGUAAUAAGCCUCUCGGUUUUCACAGAAGUGCUUUGAAUCGUAAAUUAUAGUGCAUUGUGCCCUCUUCACCAAAAAUAAAACCUAGAUAGAGUUUAGAAGGAAGAUUGCACGCAAGUGUCUGAUCAUGGUUCAGGAGUUUCAUGUUCUGAGGUGCUUCUCUUGCAAGACAUUCCAAGUUCAUCAGGUCAAAAAGGACAAGCGAUGGCGUUGCAAGUUAUGUGGAGAGAAACAAUCUAUAAUAAAGGUGUAUGGAGAGGGCACUGGAGCAGACUGCAGACACCAUGUUCAGAAGUUAAACAUGAUGCAGGGGGAUAAGCAGACAGGAGCUGAUUUAGCAGCAUGGUCCACAGAUGGACAACAACUUUCUGAUGGAGCCAGGUCUGAAGAAGACAGCCUUCAGCAGGUAGCUCUGUACUGGAUGGAUGUCUUGAUGCUUAGUUAG